GCAAUCUAUCUCCAAAUGCCCAAACUGUAUUUGCUGAUACACAAAAUGAAUGGAAGCAAGAAGAAAGUUAUGAAUCUGAUUCAAAAGAAAGCGAUAAGUCACCUAUUACUAUUACAGAAGAGCCACGAUUUAAUAUAUCAGCACAAAAAUCAUCAUUCAUAAAACAAAAAACCGCUGAAGAAAAACUUGCAGAAUUAAAUGAUCUUUAUAGUAUUGCACGAGAUUCACAACUUCGUCAUAAUUUUCUUGUUCAAAUUACAGAAACUAAACAAAUAAUUAAAGAUAAAAAAAAAAAGGGAAAAAAAUUAAGAAAUCAUGCAGCUGCGCAAGCAAAGUGUUGA